AUGUAUCAACAACAACAGAUCCUGUCGAAAGUCAUUGACCUGGCUAAAAACCCAAAGUUUCAAGUCACUGCUGGAGUCCUCCUUGCCCUCAAGUCGUUAGGAUACUUGAAUGCUUGGUAUACCAAGAGGAAGGUCAACAACCAUGUCAGCGACCCUUCAUGGGAUUGGAGCCGCGAAAUUGUGGUUGUCACUGGAGGAAGCAAUGGAAUUGGGGCUGCCAUAGUCUCAAGGUUUGCUGAAAAAGGUGUCAAGGUCUUGAUCCUGGAUCGGAUUCCUCCCGCUACCAAGUUGGCCCCAAAUACAUACUUCUACAAGAUUGACCUCACGGAUUCAGAGGCUAUAGUUUCGGUUGCAGAUCAGAUCAGAGCAGACCACGGCAACCCGACCGUUCUGAUCAACAAUGCCGGAUUCGCAGAUUUGAAACCUAUACUAGAAUUGCCAGAGUCUUACUUCAAGAACAUCUUUAAUGUAAACCUCCUGGCCCCCUACCUGCUCACCAAGCAGUUCCUCCCCAGCAUGAUCAAGCGAGACCACGGUCAUAUUGUCAACCUCGCUAGUCAGGCAUCCUUUGUGGCGCAAGCGACGAAUGUGGCCUAUGGCUCUACGAAAGUCGGCCUACUGGCUUUCCACGAAGGCCUUGGCCAGGAGCUGAGAUAUAUCUACAAAGCCCCACGCGUUCGUACCAGUGUUGUACAUCCCUCGUGGAUUAGGACAGCCAUGACAGCAGAGAUGGUCGCAAAUGGGAAGUUGAAGGACACUGUCACACCAGCUGAAGUUGUGGCUGACAAGAUUUGCGACCAGGUAUAUUCUGGUUUUGGUGCACAGAUCCUUGUGCCCGAGAACUUGUGGUGGACUUCUUUGAUCCGGGGACUGCCGGGAUGGCUUCAAGAGUCAUUGCGAAACCAAGUUUCGCUCAUCUUGAUGACCGCCAUGGGCACGGGGCCUAGAUAA